GUACCACAACAAGUUGUCUGGAUUCAUGAAGGAUCUCGAUGCAUAUCAAGGUCAUCUAAUGUUUUCUCGAACUGAAAGAAUGAAAGGAGUUAAACGUACAUUUUUAUCGUAUGUACAAAAGAAUACUACGUUAAUUGACUUGGAAAUUGAUCAGAAUUACUCAUUUGCAGUUAAAAAAUUUUGGGUAUGUAAUCAAGAUGCAACUUCAGGAUUGCUGUUGGUCAGUCUAGCGCUUACACGCUGUGAUGAACUUCACCUGUUUGGAUUCUGGCCAUUCGAUACUGAUGAAGAGGGCAACGAUAUACCAUUCCACUAUACCGAGGACAUUAAAUUUAAGAAAUCAGUAGCACGGGUGCAUUAUAUGCCGUACGAGUUUCGAAUUAUUAAAGAACUGCAUAUCAAAG